GGAGUAAAGGCACUUCCUUCUUCCUACCUCACUGGUUGCUCACAGACCAGUCAGUUUAGUAGGAAGUCAGAUUUUCGUGACAAUGAGGAGCCAGAGCCUCGUCGAGGACUUCUCCAGCUGACGCCUCUGUGUUGUUUCACACUGCAGGCAGAUGUCAGCGGCUUUAAACCAUCAAACUCUUCAGUUUUACUGCGUUAAAGUGCUCUGAGCUCAGCCCCUUUAUUCGGCCACAAUGGCUGCGACGUAGCGCAACUUUUGGAUCCAGUGUGGAUGAACGAGAGCGCAGCAAACUUUGACUGACUUUGAGGGGACACAGAGGAGGAAGAAACAUGAAGAAACAGUUUAAUCGUAUGAGGCAACUGGCCAACCAGACGGUCGGAAGGGCAGAGAAAACUGAAGUGCUGAGUGAUGACCUCCUACAGAUCGAGAGGCGGAUGGAGCUGGUGCGCUUGGUGUCGCACAACACGCACAAGAGGCUGGUGUCGUGUCUGCAGGGUCAGCUGGGCACAGACACAGAUAAGAGACAUAAAAAGCUUCCUCUGACAGCGCUGUCCCAGACCAUGCAGGAGGGCGGAGCUCAGCUGGGAGACGAGGGCCUGAUUGGUAAGAUGAUGGAGGUUUGUGGGGAGGCAGAGAACAGGUUAGCAUCUGAGCUGAUGCAGCAUGAAGUCCAGAUCGGGAGAGACAUCCUGGAACCGCUCAACCAGCUGGCAGAGUUGGAGAUUCCAAAUAUACUUAAACAGAGAAAACAACUGGCCAAACUGGUUCUGGACUACGACUCGGCAAAGACGAGAUGGUACCAAGCAACUAAAUCCAACAACCAGGCGAUGGCAACUAAGGUCGAUUCUCUCAAAGACGAGAUGGACGAGGCUCUCAACAAAGUAGAAAUAUGCAAGGACCAGCUCUCUGCAGACAUGUACAACUUUGCUUCCAAAGAGGGAGAUUAUGCACGUUAUUAUCUCAUGUUAUUAGAGGCCCAGGCGGAUUACCACAGGAGGUCUCUGGCAGCUCUGGAGGCAGCUAUACCGACGAUCCAAAUACAGCAAGACUCGUGGAUGGAGAAGCCAGCGUUCGGCACGGCUCUGGAGGAGCACCUGAAGAGGAGUAACAGGGAGAUCGCUCUGCCGCUCGAGGCCUGCGUCAUGAUGCUGCUGGAGACCGGCAUGAAGGAGGAGGGUCUCUUCAGAAUAGCUGCCGGAGCUUCAAAACUAAAGAAGCUAAAAGCAGCACUGGACUGCUCCACCUCUCAGCUCGAGGAGUUCUACUCUGAUCCCCACGCUGUCGCAGGAGCCCUGAAGUCCUACCUCAGGGAACUUCCUGAACCUCUGAUGACCUUUGGUUUGUACGACGAGUGGCAGCAGGCUUCAUAUGUGUCUGACUCCGACAAGAGGCUUCAGGCCUUGUGGGUGACAUGUGACCGUUUACCAAAGACUCACAAGGCAAACCUCAGGUAUCUGGUGAAGUUUCUGGCUAAACUGGCCCAGGACAGCGAGGUUAAUAAGAUGACGCCCAGCAACAUCGCCAUAGUCCUGGGACCCAACUUGCUCUGGGCAAAGACCGAGGGGACUCUGGCAGAGAUGGCAGCAGCUACAUCUAUCUAUGUGGUCGCCAUCAUAGAGCCCAUAAUCCAGCAUGCUGACUGGUUCUUCCCUGAAGAGGUGGACUUCAACGUUUCCGGCAUGUUUGCCUUGCCCUCCCAUCCCGCCACCCCAGACCCUGAAUCCGGCCCGGAGAGGAAACGCCCCGGCAGCCUGACGGGGCAGGAUGGGGACAGUCACACCCCCCGUAAAGACAGCCCUGUUAACAAAAAGCCGGACCCCGCUCCCCGUAGAGCCAACACUGUUAAUAGAAAGCAGCCACAGCUAACCUCACCCACCUUCCAACCCACACUGCCCCCUCUGGAAGCCUGGGGUCAGCCUGAGCCCCAACCCCAGGCCUGGUCCCCGGCUGCAGAGGCCGAGCAGCCUGUCCUGAGUGGAGGUGGUGGUGGUGGUGGUGUGGGAGGUGGGGUCCAGGUAGCCACAGUGAAACCUCAGGUUGUAACGCAGCUCAGCGCAGAGGAGAGCAGCCCGGCCCGUGAGCUGAUGUCCACCCCUCCUCCUCAGAGGAAUGGUUCAGUCCAUCUUUCUGUGGGAACCCCUCACUCUCAGGGUGGAUCGAGGGGUCCGAGUCCACACUUGGUUCGUAGAGGCACCAAGAAGCAGGCCCCCGCCCCGCCCAGACAGGCCAGCCCCUUUGCCACCCAACCAAGCAACACCCAGACACCCGGCUCCUCUCAUCACCCGCCCAUCACUCCCAGGCGCCACCCAAGCAAAGACAACAUAAUCCACGCCCCGAGCCACCCUCCCCCCCAGCCUCCUCAAGCCCACCAGGCCCAGGUGGAGUCUGAGCCCUCUCCCCCCAGCACUCCCACCCCUCCAGACACUCCACCUCACGAUGCGCCGCACGCCACCCCGCUGUCUUUCCACCACUCAGGGUCCCUCCCUAGACCCUCCAGACCGGCUCCCAAGCCAAAGCCCCGACCCAGCCUGCCGCCGCCACCGCAACCUGCAGCCAAUGAGGACGGUAAUGACCUCUUCAGCUCCGCCUCCAAGAUCAUAACAGACGGAGGCCUAGUCCUAAAGGGGAUUGGUCGAGCCUUCAUCCCGGAGGUGAUUGUUGACCAACAAGAAGAGAGCUCUGCUGGUCAAGAGCCCGCUGCAGUCGCCACCGCCACAGACCCGAAUGAGAGCACCAAGCUGUGAGAAAGAACUUCCUCCUCCCUCCAGGGUGGUCAACAGAGCAGUUUUGAAUGUUUAGAAUCAAAUAUCAGUGAGGUAACAAACUCCAGCUCCGUACUCGAAACUCCCAUGAUGCCAGGAUGCUUUCUGGGGAAACAACGGCCACAUCUUCUUCUGCUUUGCUGAGACUUUAAACCUGAAGCUUAAAAACAAAACUCCUGAUGAGCGUCAGAUUUCACUUCAAACCCCUGUUGUUUGGGUUGCAGAGCCUCACUAGUCUUGAGGCGAAUUUAUCCUUAAUAAACAACUGAACAUGCGGGGGCCGCACUGCAAGAGCAUCAGAGAAUCUGGCUAUUGAUGCUAAACAUUUGAAGCUGUGAGUGUGUUCUGAGUCAGUCUGUAAAUCUGGUCUCAGCACCAGGUCAGAGUUGAUAACGUUUGUGGAGAUAUUUAAGUGUUAGCCAGCCUCUUAUGAAAAUGAGAAUCCAUCGUGAAAUCACUUCCUGGGAUUUUCUAAAUAAUUCCUCCCCCCCUCAGAUUCAACUCACCAAAUGUGACGUUCAGGCUUUUCAGAUUUGACCACACACUCCAGCAUCGCACUAAAUGUGCAAAUUUAAAGGACCAAAGAAAUGCAAGUGGGCCAAAGGAAAUGUAAUUCAAAUCAAGAGCUGUUAAGGCUCCUCUUAUGGAUGUUGAUGACCAAAUAUUUUGUUACGAGUGCAAUAUGAAAGUGCAGGAGUCUCCCUGCGGUGUCGCCUCCACUUUCAUUUCUGGUAUUUCAGGGAGUUUUCCUUCUAUUAAUCCAGGGGGUUGAAUUUGAUUGUUUUUUGAUAUUAGCUUUCCUCCUUCGAAGGGAUUUUUUAAAAUAAAUUUAAAAGUUUAAAGCUGCGACCAAAAACAGCCAAGUAAUUAAGAAAUGUAAUUCUCAAUUUGUGUUUUUUUGUUUUUCUUUUUGCGACGGCCGACAAUCUUCAGUCUGUUUGGGUGUUUUAUUUUUUUUCCUUCGGCUCUUUGAUCGUCUUUUCAUUUGUUCUCAUAAUUUUAAUGUUGGCUUUUCUGCACAUAAUGCAUCAUACAAUGCAUCCCUACCCUUUAUUAAAGAUUGUUCAAUAUUUUA